AUGGCAACGAAGCACUUGCGUCAAUUCUUCCUUCCUUCCUAUCCUCUCUCCUAUGCUCUACCACAGGUGGCGCAGAUGGCAACGAAGCACCAUCCAAAUCUGGUGCGGCUGCUGGGGUAUGCAGUGGGAGGCCAUGUGAACACGCGGGUGGAGAACAUUCUCGUCUACGAGUUCAUCGCCAACGGCGACCUGCGCCACUGGAUUGGCCCAGGUGGUGCUUGCCAAUGCUUCUUUCCCAUAGCUUUUCGAGCCUUUGGCGUGCUCAUGCUGGUGAUGCUAUCAGGAAGAGGAGCCACCAUCAGUGCGAUCAGCCCAGCCACUCAGUCAGACGCCUGUGACAGCCACGAGCCAAUCUCCAUCUCCAAAUGGGCAACGGAUCUCAUGGCAGAAGGGAAGACAUCACCCCUCAGGGAUCCGCGCAUGGAAGCACCUGAUGACAUCACCAUUCGCCUUGCCCACCUCGCUGUCACCUGCACUGCCAUGCCCACCGCCUCCCGCCCCUCCAUGUCCCGAGUGGCCCAAUACCUGGAAAUUAUACGAGAGGAGGUAGGAGGGGGGGACGCGAGAGCGCGAGCUGCAGCGAGGGUAGACGAGAAGCUGUCGAGUCAGCAGUUACGGAGGAGCAUGGAGGAGGACCUUGCAUUGCUGAAUGAGCAAGUCAUGCAUGAGGGUGACGCAACGGCUGUCAUUGAGCAGACACGAUGGCCUGCAGAACAGCUCGAAAGCUUGUGA